GGGGUGGGGUCCGCCUGCGCUGGCUUCAGCCCCGAUCCGGCGGACGACGAAAUGAGGAGGGUUGCCUUUCCCCCGUCUAUUCCCCAGCGCCCUUCCCCCCCCACCCCCCACCCUGGGGGAAAGAGAACUUCAUGUUCCUCAGCGGAGCGGGACGCCUGAAUUGGGAAGUGGGGCAAAUCAAGGCCAGGAAAUCGGACCCUCGGGUCGCUGGUGCAGCAGGGUCUGGACUGGCCUUCUCUCGAUUCCCAGGAUAUGUUUGCCGCUUCUUCCUCUCCCCACGGGCCUAAAUGGAUCGCUCUGCCUGUUUCCUCCCCCGCUCCCGGAAGGCAGUGGAAUGUUCCAUUGCCCCUCCGGUCCGGGCUUGCGUUACAGGGGACGCGGGCACGGUUGCCAGGGAAAGCCCCGGACGUGACGGCGAAGCGCGACCCCUAGCAGCCUCCCCUCUCCCAUCCGUCAUUCCCCUGCGCGCGCUCUCCUUACACCCUUCCCCUCCCCCCGCGGGUUCCAGCCUAGGGAGAAGUAAGCAGCAGGCGGAGCCAGGCUCACUGACCUAGGCCAGGCCCUCAUCGCCCCCUUCUCAGGCGGGAGCAUGCUGGGCCUCAGGGGGCUGCGGCUACCCCCGGCGGGGAUCCUGCUCCUGUUGCCGUUCCUGCAGCCGCGGGUGCUGCCCGCGGCCCCCGCGCCCCAUCGCGCUUCCUACAAACCGGUCAUCGUGGUGCACGGGCUCUUUGACAGCUCAUACAGCUUCCGCCACCUGCUGGAAUACAUCAACGAGACACACCCUGGGACUGUGGUGACAGUGCUCGAUCUCUUCGAUGGGAGAGAGAGCUUGCGACCCUUGUGGGAACAGGUGCAAGGGUUCGGAGAGGCUGUGGCCCCCAUCAUGGCAAAGGCCCCCGAAGGGGUGCAUCUCAUCUGCUACUCGCAGGGGGGCCUGGUGUGCCGGGCACUGCUCUCCGUCAUGGAUGAGCACAAUGUGGAUUCUUUCAUCUCUCUCUCCUCUCCACAAAUGGGACAGUAUGGAGAUACGGACUAUUUGAAGUGGCUCUUCCCUACCUCCAUGAGGUCUAACCUCUACCGGAUCUGCUAUAGCCCUUGGGGCCAGGAAUUCUCCAUCUGCAACUACUGGCACGACCCCCACCAUGAUGACUUGUACCUGAAUGCCAGCAGCUUCCUGGCCCUGAUCAAUGGCGAAAGAGAUCAUCCCAACGCCACUGCAUGGAGGAAGAACUUUCUUCGUGUGGGCCGUCUGGUGCUGAUUGGGGGCCCUGAUGAUGGUGUUAUUACCCCCUGGCAGUCUAGCUUCUUUGGUUUCUAUGACGCAAAUGAGACGGUCUUGGAGAUGGAGGAGCAACCGGUUUAUCUGCGGGAUUCUUUUGGGUUGAAGACUCUCUUGGCCCGGGGAGCCAUAGUGAGGUGUCCGAUGGCUGGGAUCUCCCACACGGCCUGGCACUCCAACCGUACCCUUUAUGAGGCCUGCAUUGAACCCUGGCUCUCCUGAGGAUGUCCUCAGGGAUCCCCCAGGAACUCCCCAGCCCAGAGACCAAGCAGUGGCCUUGGAAAGCAGAUGUCAGGCUCUGGUGUGCCUGUGACCACCCCAUUGCUCCCACACUGCCCGCACCAACCAGGGCUCCCAGGACCCCUUCCUCUUCUCCUCUGUGAAUGACCUCAUGUCUGGGGUUUGCUCCGUGCUCUCUCACCCUCCCAAGGCCGAGGCUGGGAAGAGAGAAACCAGGUUUUGAACUUGCGGCUACUCUGCUGCUCCUCGGUCUCGGGCUGUACCGGAGGAGAACCCGACCCCUGCCCGCUGCGGGGGUCUCCUUCCAGGCCACUCAGGUCAUUUUUAGCUUCUGUUCUCCCCAUGUUCCCUUUUCCUCAGCCCUCCCAACUCCCAGGAAGGACUACCCAUGAGAGUGGGAUUCUGAGGCUCCCCUAUGGGGACAGUUCUGUUCUUGAAAUGUCAGUGUUGGGGAUUAUCUAUGGCCUGUGAGGCCCAUCUCAGGUUUGGGGAUCCCCCCAGUCCCUAUGUUCAGUGUUGGGGUACCCCCUGGGAGCCUAGUUUCUUUGAGGCCCCAGCCCCUCUUUUAGCUGCCAUUGAAUGGGUGUUAACCCUGUAUUAAUGGAAAUAAAGUUCCAUUUCCUCAGUGUGGCUUGGCUCAUUUCCAGGUGAGGGGGACCUGGCUCUCCAAGGAGGGUGGGGAUGGAGAGCCUGAGGUCUGGGUGCCCGGAUGCCUGGUCUGGGGUGGGACCCCCUUGGUGUUUCCGCUCUCUAAAUGCCCAUUCUGUGUGGGUUCCUGAUUCUCUGUGGGUUCUUUCCUGCAGAGGACAAUUCUCUUCCUGUUCCAACCUAAGCUUGGGGGGCUGAGCCCAGGGCUCCAGUGGUUUGUGCUCCAGCCUCAUGGAUGGAAUGCGCCUGCCACCCCCAGGCUAGACGAGGGGCCUAAGGGUCAGGGUGGGCAUUCGUUGUACCCCUUUUUGACCUUUGUAGGCCACAGUUGGGUGAGGGGCUGGACAAUGAGCCUCCUCUUCCUUGAAAGAAGGAAUUUUGGUGGAGACAAUAGGGCCCUGUCUACUCUCGCAUGGGGGGUGGUGGCUGACUCAACUCUGCCCC